CGACAUAUAUACAAAUAAAUUUACUCCAAAAUAAAAAACUCAAUGUGCACCUUUUCUUUUUAAUGUAAAAUAGAUAAUACAUGUUAAAUCGAUAAUAUUUAGAUGUUCUUGCUAUUUACUUAAAUUUUAGCUUUAAAGCUAAAAAUUAGAAUAGUGUUAUAAUUUUUACGUAAGCGUCAUAUCACAUAAAGGACCGAAAAGUGCUUACCUGUUAUUAUAUCAAAUAAAAUUUGUAUUAAUACAAAGUUUAAAUUAAUACUUCUGUUUUAUUGAUAACCAAAGGUUAGAAUAAAUACAAUAAAUAAAAAUGCCGGAUACAACGGAGGAAGAUAUGAGUAUGUCAGUUCGUUUAACGAACGAUGAUUUUCGAAAAUUAUUGAUGACACCAAGAGCAGCUGCUCCUUCAGCUACACCAGCUUCAGUUCCAGGCACAGCUCGAGAUGCUAGUGCUAAAACUGCUCAAACACCUCUUGUUACCGGAGGUAGUAGAGCAGAGUUACGUAGAAAGAAAAAGAGUUUUUAUGCUAAAUUAAAGAAACAAGAGGAAGAUAAAAUGGCAGAGUUAGCUGAAAAAUAUAGAGAUAGAGCAAGAGAGCGCAGAGAUGGAACUAAUCAAGACUAUCAAGCAGAAGAUCCUAUGAAUAGUGCUAGCGCAUAUCGUGCUGUUGCUCCUGAUUUAAAAUCAGGCAUGGAUGCAGCAGAACGUAGAAGACAAAUGAUUCAACAAUCUAAAUUCUUAGGAGGUGACAUGGAACAUACUCAUUUAGUAAAAGGGUUAGAUUAUGCCCUUUUACAAAAGGUUCGUAGUGAGAUAGAAGCUAAAGAACAUGAACAAGAGCAAGAAAUGGAAAAGUUAGUGAAACCAAAAGAAAAAAUAAAGGAAAAGAAAGAACCAGAAAAAAAGGAAGAUGAAAUGCAAUUUAAAACUAAAAUUGGUCGCAAUAUUUAUAAAACUAUUUUAACCAUGAAGUCUAAACAAAUAGAAAGGAAUGAACUUUUUACUCCAGGACGAAUGGCAUAUGUUAUAGAAUUGGAUGAUGAAAAUGCUGAUGUAGAUAUUCCAACAACAUUAAUUAGAAGUAAAGCAGAUGUUCCUACUGUGGAGAAUACGCCAACAUUGACAACCAAUGAUAUAGUAAUAAAUAAAUUAGCACAAAUUUUAUCAUACCUAAGACAAGGUAAUCGACAUGGAAAGAAAGGUAAAAAAAAUAAGGAUGGUCGCUCCAGAGCGGAUGAUACAAAUGAUAUGGAUCUUCCACCAAGACCUCAGGAUGAGAGUAUAUAUGGGGAUAUUGGUGAUUAUGUUCCCACUAUUGGAAGGAAGGAAAAUAUGCAGCAUCGUGACAAAAAGAAAGGUUCAUACUUUGAUAAGCCAGAGAAUAAUUUAGACACAGAUGAUAAAGCAAAUACUCCACAAUUACCAAGUACUUUACCUCAAAUUGUCGAAACUAAUGCACCUAAAAAGGGAGCACUUCUUAAUAAAUUGGCUGCUGAACCUGAAGGUUAUGCAGAAUGCUAUCCAGGUUUGGAUGAAAUGCAGGAUGCUAUAGAUGAUUCCGACGAUGAAGUAGAUUAUACCAAAAUGGAUUUAGGCAAUAAAAAAGGUCCUAUUGGUAGAUGGGAUUUUGAUACACCAGAAGAAUAUAGCGAAUAUAUGAAUAAUAAAGAAGCACUACCAAAAGCAGCUUUUCAGUAUGGUGUGAAAAUGGCAGAUGGUAGAAGAACUAGGAAAUAUAAUAAAGAGAAAAAUGAAAAAGCAGAACUGGAUCGCGAAUGGCAGAAAAUUCAAAAUAUAAUGAAUAAAAGAAAACCGGCUGCUACUUUAGAAGGAGGCUCGGAAUUUAAAGUACCGAGAUAUUAAAUAUUCUUUAAUGAUUAUAAACUUUUUAGUGCAAAGAUAUUAUAUGUUAAUGAAAGGAUUAUAAUAAAAGAAUUAAGUAAUAGUAAUAUCUCUUAAGGUACUAUAGGUUUU